AUGGACGACGAACUUGGCUCGCAGAGCGGGUUCGGAAACGACGAGCCGGACGAGACUGCGUCGGUGUUGGGGUCCAAUCGGACGGUGCGCUUUGAUCUCACGAAAGUCUGUACUUGCUGUCUUUGCGGCGCCACCUCCACGUCCCAGUCUCCGCUCACGACCUCGUGUGAGGGAGACGCGUGGGGAGCGCGGCGUCCCUGGGCGAAGUACCGCCCAGUGACAAAGGAAGAGGUCGCGUACCGGGUGCCCGAAGGCAAGCUGUGUUUGCUGUGCUCUAAUGUUUAUAGUCUGCUAGGACUGAAACACAAGUGGGGAUCGUACAAGCAAUACAGCGAUAAAUGCUUGAAGCAGAAGCAGGGCGAUCAUGCGCCAUUCAUGGCGGCAUUGGCCAAGUGGAUUGCGGACCACAACGCAAACCCGGAGCGUCGGCGUAUCGCAGACCCCAAGGCUGUGCAAAAGGCCAAGGUGGUCAUCCAGUCCGAAACCGCCGCCGGCAUGCGCAUCAAACAGAAGCGCGAGUUUGUGACGAAGGACGAGUGGGACGAGGCGAAAGACGGCGUGUGGGACGAGAGCAAAGUCACCGAGCUCGACGUAGCGGGGAAAACGGUGAAGGGAAUCUUCAAGAAGCCCGGUCGUUACAAAGUUGAAGAAUACGUGGACGCCGCGAACAGGGAGACCAGGGUGGAGGAAGACUCCUCAAAAACGUGUUUCGCGGAAGAAGCCUUGAACAACGCACGUGAAGCUGCCAACAACUCUUGGAACGAGGCGAAGGCUGCGCGCGACGCGGCCAGUGUCGAGGCGCCUAAGCCGGCCGACCUUUCGGACGUCCUGAAGCUCUUGGAAGGAGCGGGCGGAGGUGUAACGCUCGUGGAGCGGGGCGCCGGGGCGGCUGCAGGAACGGUGGCUGCGCCGGAAACGGCCGUGAAAGCUGAGCCUCUGGAGGAGGAGGAGCAAGAGUCGUCAGCAGAAGAGGAUGCGGGUGUCAGUUCCGCUUCCAGGUUGGCAGCUAGGUUUGGGGCGCCCAAAGCAAAGGCUGCGCUGCAGUCGGCUGCUGCGAAGGCCAAGGCGAAGAGCGUGCCCAAGGCCAAAGCAGCAGCUGCAGCACCUGUGAGCACUGGCUCUCGGUCGGAGAAGCCGAAGCCAGCCAGUGUGCAAGCGAAGGCUGCUAGCCGGGUAGAAGCUCCCAACUUGCCAGCUUUGCGGCCGGUGAAGCAGGAGAAGCCAGACUCGGCAGCGGCAGAGCCCACGGCGCUCCUCGUGUUGGACGGCCGGGGUGAGAGACUCAAGCAGAGUUUGCGCAAACAUCUGGAUGACAUCAUCCGCGAUCUGGAGACGACUACGCUGGCGCAGCUUGAGGACCCCAAAGAACGAAAGGAGCGCUCCAGGGUGCUGAACCAAGCGGUCGCGGCCUUGAAGACGCAGACCAAGCGGCUCGUGGAGAGUGCCAACAGGGCAGCACUUGCGGCUGAGGAAGAAGAGCUGUCCGAAGUGAGCGAUGUGGCUGCGGCUGCUUCCACGGUGUUUGCAGCGGGAAACAGUGCGAACCCAGACGCGGAGCAGCUCACGAAGGCUUGCACGCGUCUGCGGGCGAGCCGCCUGAAUAUCAUCGUGGAACCGAGCAUUUACGCCAAAGCGAUCUCUGCCAAAGCAGCCCAGAGCUGCCUUUUUCGGCAGUACAAGGAAUUGUGUGCUCACUACGACGUGAAGGAUUCCCUGCAUGGCCGGGAGAUUUCGCAGCUGCAACGCAUGUGGCCACCCGCCCAGGUGCAAGCGUGGGCUGUCACUGAUCUGAGCAAUCGGCUCAGCAGUCUCCUCCGAAAUAUUCCCAUGACUGACGUGGGCAAGGCUGCUUCGGAUGCCAAGGAGCAAUUCGGUCAGCUCUGCAAGGCAAUGGAGGACAGCAGCGACAACGAGCUGGUGCAGCGGGUUUUGUCGCAAGUGAGAUUGGCUCACGCCUUGGUUUUCCCUUCGCAGGACUUGGAGGCUUGCCGGCAAGCACUUGUGCGCGUAGACAACUUUGCAAAGCUUGCUGAAGGCGAGAGUUGCGAGGAUGCCGCAGAGGAGGAAGCACGUGUCAUGCUGCAGUUCUUUGUAGAGCAUCGGUUGGGGACAACUUUGACGGCCGCUGGCCGGGAACAAGUCCAGAGUGGGGAGGGAGAGCGUCUUUUGCAGCAGAUGCUGCAAGAAGUGAGCACACUCUUGCAAGCCUUGAAGAAGGUUGAGGACGUCACUGUGGGACUCGUGCGCAGCCAUCUGGAACCGAUCUGGAAGAAGAUUGUGGAGGCAAAAGAGAAGGCCACGAAGGCAGCCCAUAGGGUUGAGCUCGAGCAGCUGACAAAGCAACUUCUAGAAUGGAUCUUGUUCAAGACCACCACUGAGUCGCAGGAGGAGGUCCUGGGCUUCCUGGACUACGUGACCCGUGCGUUGCGUGGCAACGGCAUGGUGGUGCCUCUGGAUUCCGCGCCCGACGCGGAGCCUGCCCUUCUCGACUUUGCUGCAGCAGUGCGGGAACUCAGCCACACACAGACAGCGCUUGAGCCGUUCUUUGAGACGCUGGCCAAAGCCCGGCAACGACCGAAGGAGUUGGAUGAGCGGCUAGAGAAAGAGAGGUUUGUUCGGGUGCAUUUGCGUGCCUUUGCCGCGUACGUCUUUCAGAAGAGAGUUCCCGGCCUCUGCCCGGACGCUGGGACGCCCUCGGCAGAUGAAAUGACGUUCUGGACCUCUGAUCUCCCUGUCGCUGUAGGGGAGCUCCUCCCUGAAAGCAAAGACAGCUUGCAGAUCCAGCAGGCCUUCUUCCUGCACUUCAGCCCGACUGCUGUGACGGAGCUACAGACAACGGCUUUGCAGGCCUACCACGAAGUUGGAGACUUCGCGGAGCUGGUAGCCAGUGGCAAGAGCAACGAACCAGUGGCAGCUGCAAUAAUCGAGAAGCUGACCAUGGAGAUGCCAAAGGAUUGUCAGCUUCGACCCGUUUGGGCAGCCUUCUUCCGGCUAGCUGCAAAGAACCAUGAGUUGCGGGCCAGAGUCUCGGACGACUUUGGGAAGCAUCUCAAGGGAAGUCAAGAGCUCUUGCAGGCCCUGCAGAAGCACCAGCAUGAUCUGCAGUCCAACCCGGAGAAGACUGCUGCGAUGAAGCUGUCGACGCCUCAGCUACAGCGAUGGCUGAUGGCAACGGCAGAGUUAUCGCGCCAGCUGCUCAAAGAAUCGCUCGCAGAGCGGGUCGAGACAGUGAAAAAGGCCGGGCUGGUCGCUGUGCGUGCUUUGCAAAGCAUGCCGAACCCGCGGAUUGAUGAGGCAGCGUAUCGAACAACGUUGUCGCAGCACGUCCAGACGUGGGCGAGCGCCGCGCAGGCGGCGCGUUGCACUGCGGAUGCUUUGCAGAAUGCAUGUGGGCAGCUGACGGAAAACGAUCCUGACGGUGGGGAUGCUGCUUUCGAAUCGGACGCUGUCCGGGUUGCGGUGAGGGUGCAAGCUGCUGCAAAAGUGCUCGCUGCGCACGUGACGUUCUUCGCAGGUCUAACCUUGCUGCGCUCAACCUCGUCUGGAGCCAAGUCUCUGGAAGGAAAGAGUACGUCAAAAAAAAUUGACGCUCUGCUUGUUGGCUUUUGGCAGGGAAACUGGCAGGAGACACCGUUUGCUGAAACACUGCCAGCCGAUUAUGUCAAGCAGGUGUUGCUUGACAUGGUCGGUGCCGUGGAGCGAUCCUUGGGUAAGUGUUCCGUGACCAUCACGGACGUGAACUGGGACCAGUGUGAAGAAGGCCGCAGCAGGCUUCCCAGCUUGGGGAAGUUGCGUGACGAAGUUGCAAAACUGCAGCCCAGAGCUGGGAAGACCGCUGGCAGCGCAGAGCCUCCCGUGGCGUCGUCGGAAGCGCAACCUGCCCCAGAAAGAAAGCUUCUAGAGCCGGAAGCAGCAGCAGAGCCUGCCCCAGAAAGCAGCCGCCUUCCAGAACCGGAAGCAGCAGCGCAGCUCGCCGCAGAAAGCAAGCUUGCAGAAGCGGGACCAGCAGCACAGCCUGCCGCAGAAAGCCAGCUUCCAGAACAGCCAACAGAGGAAGGAGCACCAAGCGGCGUCCUCGUGCAGGAAAAAGGAGAAGCAGUGCCAGAGGUUGGCGCCGCAAAAGAAAAAGCAACGCAGGAGGCUUGUGACAGCGGGUUAGUUCCAGGCCCGACUGCUGACGAAGUGGCAGAGGCAGUUGCCGCGAGUCCUCAGCCGGAAGAGCUGCCGCGCUGUAAGGAUCCGCCGCAAAACGUGCAGGUGGGGCAGAAGCGGAAGCUGGAAGAAGAGCUUGUGGCAGAGAGCAGCUGCAGCUCCAAGCCUGCAAGCAACCAGGCUGCUGCGACGGAUGCUGACCAAAGCGCAGCUGCAGCAGCACCUGCAGCAACAGUGACAACACAGGUCGCAGACCGGGAAGAGGCCUGCCAAGAGGAAAACGGUGAGGAGGAGGAGCUAGAGGAGGACCAACUGGUUGAUCCUGGAACGCUCGCGCCGCUGAAAGACGCUGCAGAGCCACCCGGAAAGCGAGGCUCAGCGGGGCAGGGCCUUCAGCCUGGAACGGGCACAGCAUCCGGCAUCUCGAAGCUCGCCGAGCCGGUGAUUCCUCCUGUCAAAGCCACGAUACUCUUAGAUCUCAAGGGCAAGGAUUUCGUCAUCCCUCACAAACAGAAGGCUAAGGCCAAGGCUAAGGAAUCCACGCAGGGAGGCAAAAGCAAAGCAGUGGAGAAAGAGGGCCAAGAAAAACAGGAGAAACAAAAGAAGACAGGCAAAGACAAGAAGGAGAAAAAACACAAGGACAAAGACAAGAAAAAAAAGAAGGACAAAAAGGACAAGAAGAAAAAAGACAAGAAGGACAAGAAAGAAAAGAAAAGCAAGAAGAGAGUCGAAAAGCAGCAGAAGGAAAACAAGAAGAGCAAGAAGCGAAAGCACGAAGAGGACGAAGAGGAGGCCGUCCCGGAGAAGGGCGCCAAGGGACCGCGUGCCAAGACUGUGCAGACUGUGCGUGACUCGGUGAAAGCUGCCGCUGCUUCAGCGGCAGAGGCAGAGGUGAAACCAGGGGUCGCUGACCGGGGUACAAAGCCUGCGCAGCUGAAGCCAGCAGACUGGAACAAAGGCUUGGCAGAGCUCUUCCGGAAGAACAAGGACAAGAUUGUGACGCUGCUCGGGCCAGAGCCAGAUGAGUCGAAAGCUCGUGGAGCGGGCUCCGAAGGCGUCUAUUUCGUGAUGCAAGCAAUCAAUGCAGCGGUGGAUGCUGCAUGUCAGGACUUCGUUUUGGAACACAAAUUCAGCUGUGAGAUCCAGCCAGACAAGCGUUGUUGGAUAGAGGCUGUUGCAGACUGCGGCCCGGCAACUCUGAAGCAGUUGCAGCAGUCAACUAGCGCAAGUACAUCCAAAAAGAAGCAGAAAUAUGAAAAGCUUGAUGAUGGGGAUAAUCUUGCAGCAAGGGAAGGUGGCACACCGGGUCAAGCUGCGGAUGCUGCUCAGCGGGAGGUUAAUGCUCAGGACUUCGAGGACUUCAAUCCGGAUCUUUUCAAAGCACCUCCUGACUCCUCUGAGAUGCCUUGCCGGUUCUGCGACAUUACUGAUAUGGGGAGCCGCUUGUCCAAAUGCAUGGCGCACGGCGGCAAAUGCUUCGUCCCGCACGUCGACCUCUUGGUCGCGGGCACUUCGUGUCGUGAUUUGAGCAAAGCAAAUCAGAAUAAGGCAAAACAUCACAACGUCCUUCAGCAGACAACCUCUCGUGGCGGAAGCGCCCAAACUUUUCGUGGCUUGCUCGCGUACUUGGAUGCUCAGCGGCCGCCGCUAGUUUGCUACGAAAACGUGGACGCCUUGCUGGAGGAUAGCUCGUCGAGCGGGCCAGGUUCAAACAUGGAGGUGCUGCUGCAGGAGUUUCACAUUCGUGGAUACCAAGCUCAAGCAACAAUUUGCGAAGCCUCCAAAUUCGGAUUGCCAUGCCGACGAAGGAGACUUUACGUUGUUUUUGUUCAGAUGACUGCCAACAACCUUGUGGAUUUUUCCAAACGGCCGGUGAUGGAAUGUUUUUCCUAUUUCCGUAAGUUCCUGGGCACGUGCAUGCGGGAGCCACCAUCUUUGGAGCAUGUCCUGCUGCCCCACGACGACGAAGCUGUUUUGGCAGAGCUUGCAGCCCGCAGAAGCAAACCUCAGGAGCCAAUGUCUUCUGUUGGGCAGGCAGAGUGGCCGGAAGCGCAUAUGCGCUUCGCUGAGAGUCUGCAAACGCUGUGGUCACAACCGGUAGGCGAGCACCUGCAGCAAAACCCCUGGUACCACACACUUGGCAAUCGUGAAAAGAAUGCUCUGCCGUUGCUUCAAGCACAGAUGCCGCAGCGACUUACGAUGGUGCGUGAUCUCAGCCAGUCAAUUACGCGGGCAAACACUACCACCUGGCAAGAGGACCUGGGUCGGCAUGUGUGCCCGACUCUUCUCACUAAGAUGACCCUGUGGCUGGAGAACAAGAUCGAUUCCAGCAAGGCUCGCAUAUUGUUGGGGCGGGAAGCCUUAUGUUUGCAGGGCUACCCCGUCUAUUCAUUCCUGCAAGCUUUGCAAGACAGCAAGUUCUGCGAAGAUAGGCAGAGGCAAGGGUUGCAAACCGGGUCUGCAAAUGAGACUGCCGCUUCCAGUAGCAAGAAGCGUGGAGGGGAGACGAAGUUCGACCAGGGGCCGCCGGCCGGGAGUGUCGAUAGGCCGCCGGCCGGGUUCCCCACUGAAGGGCUGAUGGCAGACUUGGCAGGCAAUGCGAUGGCUCUGCCUGUCGUCAUGGGUGUUGUUCAGAGCCUGCUCGCAUGCCUUGAAUGGAGAGAUUCUGAGGUUGCCGCCCCUGUCUCUCAUGUAGAAGACGUAGAUACGGCAUGUGCAGCGGUGGCUUUGCUGCAAAGCGGCGCGGCUUCUGCAGGGCCAGAGGGCCUUGGGUCCCGCGGUGCUAAAGCCGCGAAAGCCAAGAAAGAGCUGCCCGAGCUGGUGGCCACAAAAGUCCUUGGCAAGAAGGUGAAAUCGAAACUUGAGAAGAAAGGCGAUGCAGGACCUUCCGAAGAUGCACAAGGGGCUUCACCGUCUGAGACUGGGAAGAAGCGCAAGCUCGAUGAGUCCGAAGUCAAGGAACGGGAGAAGCGGACGAUGUUUGUUGGCAACGUGCCUGUGGCGUGGGACGAGAAGCGCCUGCGUCGGUUGCUGCGAGCGGCUUGCGGCACGACCUAUGAGGGCCAACUCAAGCCUAUUUGGUUUCGGUCGCUGCCCCUGGAAAGCCGUUGGAACACCUCCAACGAGCUGCGAAAGGCCGGGCGCAUCAAGCAGGCCUACCAGGAGGGUGCCGGCGCCAAGAAUGCCUACGUGGUGCUGCGAGGCCCCGAGGAUGUAGCUACAGUGGUGAAGGUGGUGAACAACCUCAAGGCCGAUGCUCAGCAUGUUCUCAGAGCGGAUGGGGUCGGAGAGUCCGCCGUGCUCAAGAAGUUCGAUAGGAAGCGCAGCGUCUUCCUCGGGAGCCUGCCGCGACGUGUGACGGAAGACGACAUCCGCUGGGUGUUGUCUGAUGCCGGGGUGGUAGACGCAGUCCGAAUAGUGAGGAACAAGAUCACUCAGGAGUGCCAGGGCUUCGCCUUCGCACGCUUCCAGGAGCGCUGGAGCGUCAAGGAAGCUCUGAAACUCUGGGGUGCCAAGAUCCACGGCAAGGAGAUCCGAAUCACGAAGGUGGAGGAUUCCAAUGCCCAAGACAAGCCCGGCAAAGAGCAGAGCCGCCCCGAGGACCACCCGGCGGCAAAGCGGAUCCUCUUGAAGCAGCAGCGGAGAGAACGUCAGAAGGCGAAGAAGAGGAAGGAGUGGCUGGCGAAUGCAAAGACAUCUGGGCUCAGGCCCGGCAAGUCGAAGGCGACGAAGAAGAAGUUGAAGCAGUCCAAGAAGAAGAAGGCCGGACGGUGA